UUGUGAUAGACUUUAUUCCAUUUUUGGAUUGUGCAAUUUGAAUUUUGCAUCUAUUUCAGAUUUGGUGCAAUAUCCCGUAUCUGAUUUGAAGCAAUUUUAAUACUAAACACUCUUCAUCGUCAGUCAUCCAACUUCUUCAAAUUGAGGUUUUCAGCGCCAAAAUCUGAAAUGCCGAUGGCGAAGAAGAAGAAGUUGGAGAAAGAGUCGAAUAACCACUUACCCCAAGACAUCAUCGUGCAUAUUCUCUCCAGGUUGCCAGUCAAAUCCCUGAUCCGGUUCAGCUGCGUCUCAAAACGGUGGCGUUCCAUAGUCACCGACCCUGAAUUCGCUAAAUCCCAGUUCAAGGUAGCGUCUGAGAGGCAAACCCUCCGUCCCAGACUCCUCGUCUCCACCGCCUCUCAUCUCCAAUCCUUGAACUUGGAUGAGACGGCGUCGUUUGAUGACAAUUCUGCGGUCAGAGAGCUGUCCUGCCCAUUCAAUAAAUCAGGCAGUCAUCUGGUGCUACUGGGCUCGUGCAAUGGCUUGGUAUGUGUAGCUCUUGAUUUUCAUGAAAGCUAUUAUAUCUGGAACCCAUCAACUGGGUUCUUCCUGAAAUUGCCUAACCCUGGAUUUGCAUCAAAAAGUGUUGGAAAUGUUUAUAAUUAUGGUUUUGGUUAUGUGGCGGCCACUGAUGACUACAAAGUUGUUGCGGCAGCUCGUUUGAUUGAUCCAACGGACAGGGACCCUGUUAAGGUCUUCUCUUUGAGAGCCAACUCUUGGGAAAGGAUUGCAGCCCCCAAGUUAUCUAAUUGGUCCAAUGGGGUUCUUUCGAAUGAGGCACUCCAUUGGCAGCACUGCUUGUUUGAGCCAUUCAGACAAGCUAUCCUUGCUUUUGAUUUGGCCAAGGAUGAGUUCCGGGAAGUGGCAUUGCCUAUUUUAAAGGAAGAUAAUGUCAAGUUCGGACAAGUAGGGGUUCUUUUAGAAGGAUGCCUGUGUGUAACGACUCAUAGGAAGACCGAUCCUCGCUGUUUAAUGAGUAAUAGGAACCCUGAGCUUCACCAUAUUGAAGUCUGGGUCAUGAGAGAAUAUAAUGUGCGUGAAUCUUGGACUAAGCUUUUUAAGCUUAAGGUCUCAGGUCACCCAGAGCAGAUGUGGCCUUCCAGCCCUAUCUUCUUUAGGGAAAGUGGUGCAGUUGUGAUGCAAAGUCGUAACAUGGAGGCGGAGUUGACAUGGUUUGAUGAAAAGGAAGACAAGUUUUGUAACCCAAUAAAGGGAAAAGCCAAGGUUUGUGACCGCAUAGAGAAAGAAGAUGAAUUUGAAAAGGAUGUGGUUUGCAGUGAGCUGUAUAGGCUUGAGGGGUCUCCCCUUGUGGAUAACGUGAUUGAAUAUGUUGAGAGUCUGCUACCGUUCUUCUCCAACAUUAAUGUGGCAGAUGAACGAACACCUCCAGUAGAAAUUCCCAUUCAACAUCUGAUCACUGUCCAACAGAUUACUGUUGAGAAUAUUAGCAGUAUGGUUCCGAUGAAGCUAACCCACACUAAUUUCACUCAGUGGAAAUGGCUAUUUCUUCCAGUUCUCAAGAAAUAUAGUGUACAAGGUUUGGUUGAUGGGACUGAGAUCUGUCCACCUGCUUUUCUGCUGGAUAAAAAUGGUAAAAUCUCCAAUCAUGUGAAUCCAGCUUUUGAAAAAUGGAUGGACCGAGAUCAAAGUGUAAUGGUUUGGCUGAAAUCAAGAAUCUCUGAAGAUUUAUUAUCAUAUACAAUUGGGGCUUCUUCCUCUCGGGCACUCUGGAUGGCCCUGGAGAAACUUGUUGUCGAUGCUUCUCAUUCUCAUUUCAGUUGAGGUGAGUACUGAUCCUCCCUCCGUGGAUGAAUUACAUGGGCCAAAUAUCUCUUUCUCAAAAGCUAAAAUCAUUAAAAGUAUAAACUGAUGAAGUAUCACAUGAGACUUCACCAGAAAAUGUGGAUCCUACAAAACAUGGCUAGGUUGUUAGUUUUGUAAGUUAGUUUUACAACUAUGUUUGUUAUACAUGGUUAAGCACAUAUGCUGAGAUGGCCCUUUUAUUUUAUGCGCCAAGUGUAAUCAGUUUUUACCAAAGUCAACAUAGGAUUAGUGCUAUUGUGCUUCUUAUAUAAACCCUUUUUUUUCCUUUUGGUUGUUGAUUAUGAGAAAGUUGGGCUUCUUCUGUUAUGGUGCAGUAGCUAUUAGAAUUGUUCGAGUUACAUUAGUGUCUAUUAUGAAAACACCAGAAGUUUGACUUUUCUUCAGCAAA